GGAGACUUUUACUCGAACGCCGUCAAAAGCAUCGCAACCCCCUUUUUGUUUGUGCUUCAUCUUUUUGUUGCGGGUUUGGUGGAUUUCAAUAUGGCCCUAUUUCCGAUACCCGAGGCGAUAACUUCGCUGAAUACCCGGCUUGCAUGGGGCUUGUUUCUGAUAGGUACAGUUGUGGCUCGUGUCGUUUACAGACGUUAUUGGACCCCGAUCAGGGACAUCCCGGGUCCGUUCUGGGGUUCCUUCUCCAGUCUGUGGGUAGUUGCCCAACUGUGGAAGGGUCAUCUUGAAGAUGAGACAAUUCAACUUCACAAAAAACACGGUUAUUUUGUUCGUAUUAGAGACAACGAAGUCAGCGUUUCGCACCCAGAUGCAGUAAGGCAACUCCUACAUGCCAAUAUUGCCAAGGGACCAUGGUAUUCGAUCUUCAGUCUACCAGACUACCACUAUGUCAACCAGAUGUCGGAGCUAGAUCCUAAACGCCACAUUGAGAAGAACCGUAAUGUCGCAUCGGGCUAUGCUCUGUCCAACAUCAUCAAGUCUGAACCAUUCGUCAACAAUGUGAUUAAACUCUUCACAAAGGCCAUGGAUGAACACGCCAAGACAGGCAAGCCCUUCGAAUUCGACAAAUGGUUCAACUUCUACGCAUUCGAUGUCCUGGGCGAAGUCACUUUCUCCAAGUCCUUCGGCUUCGUCGAAACAGGAACUGAUAUCGGUAACGCUAUUUCUAACACAAGAGCCCUCGCUCUUUACGUUGCCGUCAUGGGCCACUAUACCUGGCUACAUAAUCUAACCCUGGGUAACCCCCUUCUAAGCCGCUUGGGUAUCCAGCCCUCGUCGCAUAUCUUUGAUACCUGCCUCGCAGCUAUCAGUGCCCGGAAGGAGAAUCCGGAGGUGCGCAAGGAUAUGAUGCAGCAGUGGCUUGACAUGCGCGCUAAAUAUCCUGAUCGCAUGGCAGAGAGUGAGAUUUUCGGUGCUGCUGUUGCUAAUGUUGGAGCUGGGGCAGAUACGGUUAGCUCUACAAUGCAGUCGCUCUUCUAUUUCCUUAUCAAGCACCCUAGUGUUUUGCAGCGGUUGCGUGAGGAGAUCGAUGCUGCGCAGGCUCGUGGGGAGCUUUCGGAUGUUGUGCAAUAUAGCGAGGCAGCUAAGUUGCCUUACCUGCAGGCUUGUAUAAAAGAAGUCUAUAGGUAUCACAGCGCUGUUCCCAGUCCUCUUCCCCGUGUUGUCCCUAAGGGCGGAGUGACUAUUGCUGGCAGAUACUUCCCUGAAGGCAUUAUUCUGAGCGUUAACCCUUGGGUUUACCACCGGAAUCCUGCUCUGUUCGGCGAGGACUGUAACACCUUUAACCCUGAUCGCUGGCUAGAGGGUGACACAAAGAAGAUGGAAUCUUUCCUGAUCCACUGGGGAGCAGGAUAUAACCAGUGUCCGGGACGUAAUCUUGCUCACUUUGAAAUUACCAAGCUAUCCACAACCCUGGUUCGUGACUUUGAGUUCGAGCUGAAGAAUCCCAACAAGGAAUGGGAGUGGACGAACCACUUCACGUUUGUGCCGUGGGGUUGGCCCUGUAUUAUUAGCCGUCGCUGA